AGAGAAGUACUGGGUCCUGCAGUGUAGAAAGACUGCAAUUGCUCUGGUGUGGAGAGCAAUCUAGCCUCCAGGAAAUCAUCAUGUUCUGGCAGCUCCCUUUGCAGCUCUGCAAAUACUGCAGGAUCAGGCACCCUUGGCUUGCAACGCUCAGCACAAUAGUGAAGAGUUGUGUGGGAUCCAUGGUCCUGUUGCAGAUGGCGGACAGCAAGAAGGGACACAUGGGUUUGUUUGGGUGAUUUUGAACAGAGGCUCUGUUCUGGACUGACCACAGCCGCUAUUGACAUCACUGCACCUAGUGCAUGCUGGGAAGGCAGCUGCUUCAGGAGAGGAAUUUUGCCGACUUGUCAGAGGAAGGUAAAACCUGGAAAGAAGACUUUGAACGCCAGGGUGUGUGCAGCGCAAUAACGCUGAGUGUGUGCCAGCCAAAGAGGAAAUCAUUCUAUCGCCUCGGGAGCAGCUGGGCAUUGCCUCCAAGAGCUACCCUGGCACACACGCUGUCUCCUUGGGUCACUGGGAACAGGAGACGCUCAGCAUGGGAGAGCCCCCGCUUGAAGAUGCUGUCUGGGAAGAUGGAGAAGAGGAUUGCUUCCUCCGUAUACAUUACCCUGGCUCCUCCCAGGAGGGACACGGUCAUCAAGGGAGAUGUAAAGCCAGAUGUGCGUCAGCUGAGCUCAGACCACCCAAAGGAGGCUAUGAAAUCUGAUGGGACCCACCAGCCCCAAGUGUCACCACCAAAGAAACUGGCCAACAGCAGCCGCCAGGCCGGCAAGCAGAGCAGCAGGACGCUGGGCAGUGCUGGGCCCUCGUCUGGACCGGUGGGCUUGUCCAACGGAGGUUUCUCCUCCUUUCCUCGUCCUGUCCUGACCGAUGUUCCCACAGGCUCAGACCCAGAGAGCCCCCUGCCGUCUCCUCUGUCGUAUCUUCUGUCCGAUGAACAUAACGCCCCGUUGGUGGAGACGCUUUGCCCUGAUCUGCAGAAGCUGCACGUGAGCUCACCUGUGAGCCGGCAGGCCUCCUCCACGUUCCCAGCGGAACCGAGGCAGCAUAAAAUCCAGCCGACCAGUCUGGUGCAAGUGGAUGAGCGCCAGGCCCCGAAACAGAACGUGAAUGGGCACCUGGAAAGAGACAUUUCCACAGUCUGUGCCUUCUGCCACAAGGCCAUUGCCCCCCGGACCCCGACCAUAGAAGCCAUGAACAAACAGUACCACGCGGAAUGCUUCACGUGCCGGACGUGCCACGGCCGGCUAGCGGGGCAGCGCUACUACCAGAAAGAGGGCCGGCCAAUGUGUAACUCUUGCUACAAGGACACACUGGAGAAAUGUGCCAAGUGCCAAGGUCUGAUCCUGGAGCACAUCGUCCGCGCCUUGGGGAACGGGUACCACCCCGAGUGUUUCAUGUGCUCCGUGUGUGGCCGGAGCAUCGGGGACGAGAGCUUUGCCGUGAAUGACCAGAACGAGGUGCACUGCGUGGAUGAUUUCUACAGGAAGUACGCCUCCAUCUGCAGCGUCUGUGAGACACCCAUCAUCCCACAGGAGGGGAAAGAUGCCUACAGGAUAGAAUGCAUGGGGCGAAGCUUCCACGAAAACUGCUAUUGCUGUGAGAACUGCAGGAUUCCCCUGUCCACCGAGCCAGAGGAGAACGGCUGCUACCCCUUGGGCAGCCACGUCCUCUGCAAGCCCUGUCACAUCAAACAGAAGAACGAAUCGUUCUGCUGAGAGAGCCAGGCGGGCUUCCCCAGCAAACCGUGGAUGCAGUCACAUGGCUGAGAUGAGCCGAAUCUCUGUACUACGGCAACAGUAUUCUUAUCCUCUACAUUCACUAAUGUCCAACUUUCUGUCCUGACUGUCUCCCUUAUGGUAGGACCAUAUUAGUAGCUCUGAGCUUUAGCAGCAAGGUCCUACCACGCUGCUUCCUAAUCAGCCAUGCCACCAGCCCUGAGAGGUGGCCCUGGAACAUUCUUCUUAUCUCUUUCCCUCCAGUCUGGCUGUGCUUAUCUUCCAAGGCUAUGCCAGCUGGCUUCCUCUGCCCUCAAAUGGCUCAGUGCCUGUGAUGAGGGACGCACCCCGGCAAACCAGCAGCUGCUGAUGGGAUGAGUGAGAUUGAUUAAAAUGAUAUCUCAAAGCAGGCAGGGCUCUGUCUCCGCACUGUGUAAAUAACUCCCCUGCUACUUUAAGUUAAGACUCGGGAGGAUCUUACUAAACUGCAGAGGGCUGGGGGACAGCACUGUGCUAUCAGCUCUGGGAGCACGGCAAGGGAAGGGGCCCGCACAGUGGUCGAUGCUAAAACUGCAUGAAGGCCACCCCUGGGCAGAAGGCCAGUGCACCCUCAAAGUAGGGCUAAUGUAGGACCUAAGCAGUGCGUACGUUUUUACUGGCCUUCUGCCCAGGAGUGACUUUUACCCACAGAGCCAGGUCAGAUAUACACACACCGUCUUCUGCUUUACUGCACCCCGCAAUAGUGCUGUGAAUUAUGACCCAGCAGUGUGCCAAAGAGGUUGUACAGCAGCUGCUGAACACCACUCUGCAUUCUGAAAAUGACACUGUACUGGGGGCAACCUGGGGCCUGAGCCUUCAGGUCUUAACUUGAGGGAGCGAAGGCUGCAGGAUCGGCCCCUAAUUAAGAUCCUGUCUCCUGAAAUGCUGCGGUGACUCAGUGACAAAUAUCAGAUGUAGCUGCCUGCAGAUCUGCGCCAGACAACCCACUGGCUCUGUGCACAUAGAAUUGCUGGAGCCAUGAUUCUGGAAUUGACUCCUGGUAUUCCUGGAUGUGCAGUUUCAUCUCUGUGGUGAAUGGACGCAGGCUGUGAGUCAUGACACAACCUGGGGGCUGGGAGUGGAAAGAAUUCCGCGUUGUUUAAGGAUUUGACUAAUACACCACCCCACCAGCUUCCCUAAAGCAAGCCAAGACGCUGGAUUCUCUCUCAUCUGCCGGUGGCCAAUCACACGUCUUUCGUGCCAGCAUCAUGAAAUGACGCCAGAUACAAGAUCCCCAACUAGGAGAGGGCAGCUGAUGGGCUGCUGGUAUUUUAACAUCCCUUGCCUGGGAUAAACCCUCUGGCUUGUGGGAAUGGGGGUGCUCUCCGAGGGGAGCAGCUCAUUUCUUUCCCCGUCUAAAUCAAAACACCAUUCUCAACUGUAGUCCAAGAAGAGAGCAGUAUCACUAAGCCAAAAAGGUCCUGGUAAGCCUGAUGGGUGUGUUUCCUAGUGGGUAGCGCACUGGACUGGACUUCAGGAGAGCUGGGUUCUCGUCUGAACUGUCCCUGGCCUGCUGGGUGACUUUGCCUUUUUGUUCCUCAGUUUCCCCAUCUGUGAAAUGGGGAUGAUGAGACUGAUCUUCUGUGUAAAGUGCUUUGAAUUCUACUGAUGAAAAGUGCUAAAUAAGAGCUUGGGGAUGGUGAUCAUUGGUGGAUGCUGCCAUAAGUGUAUUGAUCCAUACGGCACAAUGUUAAACAAGUGCCAUUUGAAAUGGGCGGGAGGGGAAAUGGACCAUUGUGGGGAGGAUCCUCACCCUGGAAAAUUACCUGCAGUGUCCCACGUUACGCUGCCAAAGGCUCACAGUUUGCUCUUUGGUGGUUAUUUUGAGCAUUGGUUACUCAGCGACAGCUGGUGAGAGAUGGAACUCCACCAGCCUCUCCUCUCCUUUCAGGGGUGGGAUUUUAACCAGCGGCACGUCAUGGAGGGGGAGCAGUAAGGACUAUCUGAAAAGAUAUUUAAAUGAGAGGAGGAAUCGUAGCAGUGCUGUGCAUGGCCUCUUAAAGAGCCCUUCCUCACUUCCAUGGGGUCCCCUUAGCUUUGUGCUCCAGGCUAAACAGGGAGGCCAGGAGACCACGCUUGUUGCACUGGGCUCAACCGCCAAGAGAAUCCAGCAUUCUAGGCAGGACCAUUAGCUGGUUCCAUUCAGCGGCGCCGUUCCUCCUGUCCUCGUCAACACUCCUCAAGAGAAAAGAACUUGGGACCUUGGUUGUGAUGAUCACUGUCCGUAAGUAGCAGUGACACUGUGAAAUUAAGCUGCUUUGAUAGGCAGUGGAACACUCCCUGAGCAAAAUGGCUGUGGAGUUCGGGGAAACCCCACAGAAGAACUGUAAAUUAUUGGCAGGAAGAGUUUCCGCUCGUUGAAAGUAAUUGUACAUGCUCAUUUUCCUGGGGCUUUAUUUUUGGAAACUGAUGAAAUUUAGGGCUUCUCUUCCGGGGGAUGCUCAUGAAAGUUAAUCUGAAUUAAUAAAUGGUUGAAUUUGAAGGGGAUUAGUUAAACCUGUAUUAAAA